AUGCAGAUCCUUACGGGACACGGUAUCUUUAACUGUUACCGUCAUAAGAUCGGCAAACAGUCUCACACCAGCUGUUGGGAUUGUGGUGCGGUGAUGGAUGACGCCGAGCAUGUGCUAUUUUGGUGCCUUAGAUGGACGGAGGAGAGAACGGAAUUGGAGGUCGAGAUCGGUCAAGAUUUUCAAUUGGAGAACCGAGUCGUUGAGAAGAUGGCAGCAGAGGAGCGGUUGUGGAACAGGUUUCAUGACUUUUGUACAAAGGCGAUGAAAUGCUGGCUUCCUAAGGAAAGGGCGGUGGAGGUCAGGAGAAGAUGGGAAGGAAGGAGGAGAAGAAUGACCGGAGUCGAGGAGAGAGGAUAA